UUGUCAAGGCUUUGGGCUUCAUUCACCAUUUUGCGAAUGUAGUGUAGAAUGUACAGGGCAGGAGUUUUCCUUCCUUAAGUUGCUCUGCCGAGAGAAACAUGCGCGGAGGCUGAGUCCCAGCCGCGGACCUGUGGACGGCCCUGCCCUGUGUCACGCUGCGGACUCGGCGGAGCGGCGCACCGGGCUGUUCGUCUCGCUGCUGCCAUUGUCUUAAAUAAGGUGGAGAAUCGCACAACUUGGUGAAGACAGAAUGACUAACAGUGGUCCUGGCAGAGGCUGAAGAUAAGCCGAAAGGAUUUCAAGGGAUAAAAGGAAAACAAGGCGGCGGGAGACGUGCAAGCGAAGAUCUUUGGAAUAAAUAUAAAAUCUUAUUUGGAACAAGGAAUAACUAGAUGAAAAGAUGAAGCCGAUAAAAAAGCAGGGCCGGCGCUCCCCCCCCUCAACGCGGGCAAAAGGGGGGAAGCGACGUGGCGCAGGCGAUGCGACAGAAGGAGGAGAGAAGAGAGACUCUGAUGAGAACAGAGAGAGGGAUCAAUGCAGAUCUCCUCAAAGCCAUACCACCUCCUCUUUCUCGUCUGGUUUUCACUCGUCCCACGUGGAGCCAAUCAGGGCUGCGGACACUGAUGGAGACGGCCCAGGCAGGGAUGGACUUUCUGGGAUACUUGUUGAAUCCAGUAAAAUCGUGCCACCAUCAGAUGACAGACCAAGGCUGUUGGUUUUGAGUGGUGGCAGCCACAGUGACAGUGGUGGUAGCAGCUGCAGUAACAGUAGUACACCGAGCGCCAGCAACAGCCCAAACCCAAGCUCCAGUCGGAAAACAGCCACCUUUAAAGCGCGGGUUCCCAAGAAGAAGUACACGUCUGAACACUGCUCAACUCAUGCUAGUCAUCCGUCAUCCAGCACACCCCCUCCGCUACUGAGUGGGGCAUUUAACACAGGGUCAACUGGUUCUGCAAGUCCCACUAGUGUCUCUAACCCUGACAGUAGCAGUCAGAAUAAUAACUUAGUUAAUCUUCACCACAUGGCUCCUGGCAUGCUGGUAUCUCAGGACAGCUCACCUGGACCUCCCACUCUAUCGCUGGGCGGGGACAGAGGAAACCCAGGGGAAGUUGAUGGUGUGAGUGGUGGAGAGCGAGUGUCUCCCAGCCCCUUGCCCCGUUGCUCUUCAACAGACACUGCCAGCGAGCACUCAGCAGAUUUAGAGGUAGUUGGUGAUGCACAGACUACUAUCUCCACUCAUCUAUCUUCGCAUCUACCUGAAACACUUGCUGAUGCCCUUGCCAAAGGGCUUAAAAAUCAGCGUGUUCUCGCCCGUCAGCCAAUGACCAGGAGUGAGAACGGAGACAGGAGAAAUGAGAGGAGUUUAAACUUGGUGUUUCGAGCUGGGGUGGUUCGUAAAGUCAGCGGUGAAUACGGCAGCCUGGAGGUGCAAUUGAAUGGUGAGAAGACUCUGUGCCGCUUUCCAUAUAGACACAACAGUCCCCCAGGGGUCGUCGAUAUUAUUCUUGAUGCACCACCUCCAGGUGUACAACCAAUUCCGAUUGGCACCCAUGUUUGCGUACCAUUCAGCAACGAAGGCUGUGAAGGACCAUGGUACAGGGAAGGCGUGGUGACCCAAGUGGAUACUCAUCCUGCAGUUGCAAAUCGUUACCGUGUCCUCUUGUCUGAAGAAAGACAUUCCUCUGUGAGUGAAAAGGAAGAAGGAAGAGGUGUUGCCAGUGCCACCCAGGCAGUGUGGGUGUCCCGUCAAACACUCCGGCUCCUCGUGCCACCUUGGGACUUAGAUCUGCCAACCGGAUUUGGAAGGGACGGAGAGGAGGCGGAUAUCAACAAAAAGAGAGAGCAGGAAGACAGGGAAGAAAUGGAUGUGGAACAGGAGGUGUGUCGUUUGAGCCAGGGAAUGAUGCCAGGAGUAGCAGCUAUGUUGGGAAGGGGAAUUUCCUUUCCAGGCGUAGUGGCUGUUUCCUCUACUGGCUCCAUCAUUACCUCUCCUGUAACCCAGGCCUCAGUCCUUAACCUUGCUCCGGGAAGGGAGUGGGAAAUUGAAAGAGACACCCAGAGGAAACUGGAGAGAGAGAUGGAACGGGAAAGGGAGACUAGUGCAAUGCAGCAGCAGCAGCAUCACCACCAUUCGUACAUGCCACUUACACCAGAAGAAGACAGAGAAGUGUCCCAAUUUAACAUGGUCCCUAUGGGGACAAUCAUACCUGGGGCCAAACCAAUGGCACUUCCACAACAUCGCCAUAUUGUUUCAAAGCCCCCACCUAGCUACCUCAACCCUCACCGGCCAGUUCGAAGCAUUGGGAUUUCCCCAGCGCACCUGUCCUUAAAUACACACCCUCCUCCUUCGCCUGUACUGCUUGGACUUGACUCAGCAGGUGGUACCACUGUAAUUUCCACACCACAGCUCCCUCCGCUUCCUCCCAUCUCCUCUUCUUCAACAUCUUCAUCAAGAAAUGAGAAGGUUUUAGGAAGCUCAUCUGCUGGGGGACAUGGUGGUAAUAACGGUUCCGGAUCCGGUUCGACCUCCUCCUCUUCUUCACGAUCGCGCACUCCUCUCACUGCUGCUCAGCAGAAGUAUAAAAAAGGGGAUGUGGUGUGCACGCCAACUGGAAUCCGCAAAAAGUUCAAUGGUAAACAGUGGAGGAGACUUUGCUCUAGGGAGGGCUGCUCCAAGGAGUCACAGCGCCGUGGAUAUUGCUCACGACAUCUCUCAAUGAGGACCAAAGAAAUGGAAGCCAGUGGAGCAGUGCGGGAUCGUGGUGGUGCAGGCAGCACCGGUACCCUGACCCCAUCAGAUCUCAGACUAAGUGGUGGGAGAGCCAGCUCAGAGUUCGACUGGGAUGAGACCUCACGGGAAAGUAGUGAGGCUAGUAGUCGUGGAGGAGAUUCUCGACCCCGCCUGGUUCUACCGUCUCUGCUUCCGCAGGACAUCUCUCGCUUUGACUUUGAUGAGUGCGAGGCAGCCACUAUGCUUGUGUCGCUGGGAAGCUCCCGAUCAGGGACGCCUUCAUUUUCUCCCAUUUCCAACCAGUCACCGUUCUCUCCUACUCCCUCACCUUCUCCCUCUCCCCACUUCUGCUUCCGCCCGGCCAAUUUCAGCCCUAUCACGGCUCCUGCGUCUCUGACCCCACGCCGCCAUCGACAGUUAAGUGGCACCAAAAUGGGAACCCCAGGUUCUGAGCGAGAUCGCCACUUGUCUGGCAUCGCACCCAGUUUCCAAACCAAUCUGACUUUUACAGUACCCAUGAGCCCCAGCAAAAGAAAGCUAGACAGCCACACUCUUUCCACAUUAGCGACAGUUCACGAUUACCAGUGUAAACAGGAGCAGCAACAUUUUGUCGGCACAGGAAGUGGUGACCCCAAUCUUGCCCAUAAUACGGCUGCAUUCCGAGUUCUUUCCCCUCAGAGUCAACCAACAACACCCUCAUCACUGUCUUUCUCGCGACCACGCAGCGCCACCAGCAGACCAUCCUCUUCUGCCGCAUCUACACCACCCCCCAUGCUUGUCUCCCCAACCCCCCCAUCGCCACUGCCUCAGGAACCUUCACCCCGUCGUAUUGUUCCCCAUCGUGAUUCUCCUGUAAUAGUCCGCAAUCCAGAUGUCCCACUUGCUAAAUUCUCAGACGGCCCACUCGGGAAGCGAGAGAGGAGUCGGUCCAGAGAGCACAGCAGUGUCCAGCAUGCUACCCCACCAGGUCUACAGGCCCCAGUUCCAAUCAAUGGAGCCACAAAUGGAGCAGCUCUCCUGCGAAACCCCACAUCCACUCUUGUUCUAGUCAAAUCUAGCUCGUCUCUAACUCUGGCAUCUCAUGCUGCCCCUUCGGACUCCACCACCAUUGGCUCAACCUCAGCUGGAUCUGUCCUGGCUGCAUCUGGUUCAGGUGACAAGGAGCGCAAACCCGAGGGGCACCAAGAGACAUCUCUAGGGUCACUUCAACAGCCAGUAGCCUGCCACCCUACACCUACUGCCCUGCUACCGCUUAUACUGCCGGCAGAGUCUCCCCACCCGGCUCCACGCAAACAGAUCAUCAUGGGACGUCCAGGGACAGUGUGGACCAACGUUGAACCCAGAUCUGUGCCAGUGUUUCCCUGGCAUUCGCUGGUGCCCAUCCUGGAGCCAAGCCAGUCAGGAGCUGCGGCCCAACCCACCGAUGGACAGAACCUCGUCCACCAGAGCAAAGAGCCUCGCUGCGGGGUGGCACUGCUGAGCGACAGUCGAUCUGGACCUCAAGACCACGGGAGAGGAUCCCCCUCUCGUCCACCCUCAACUAAUGACCAUGCUUCUGCUGACCGGGCCGGACCUGACAGUGAGACCGAGAGCGACACAGACGACCCGUUUUCCCCCGCGGUUGCCAAUGAACCGUCACCCUCUGUGGGUCCCAUCAAGAGGAGGACUCAGUCCCUCAGCGCUCUGCCCAAGGACGGAGACCGGAAGAGGGAGAAAGACCACAUUCGUCGGCCAAUGAACGCCUUCAUGAUCUUCAGUAAGCGCCACCGAGCCCUUGUGCACCAGCGACACCCCAACCAGGACAAUCGGACAGUCAGCAAGAUCCUGGGCGAGUGGUGGUACGCUCUGGGUCACAGCGAGAAGCAACAGUAUCAUGACCUGGCCUUCCAGGUGAAGGAGGCCCACUUCAGAGCCCACCCAGACUGGAAGUGGUGCAACAAAGACCGCAGGAAAUCUCUCUCCGAGGGCCGCGGGACCCCGAAGGAGCCAAGAGAGAGGAGCAUGUCGGAGAGCAUAGACUCUCAGCUGGAGUCCCAGGCGGUGGAGGGGAAGGUGGGAGGCUGGUCCGGAGGAGCAGAUCGAAGAGGUGGAGGGUUGUUCGGCAGUCAGCGACCUCGCCCGCGAGCAUUUUCCCACAGUGCUGUUCACACACUGGAGCAGAGAGAGAGACAGCUGGAGAAGGACGAGAGCGAGGGCCUGUUCAUGCAGCACGAGCUGCCACAGCCAGGUGGAGCCAGCGAGGAGGCGAUCAGUGAUGAAGAGCGCAUGGUCAUCUGUGAGGAGGAGGGCGACGAUGACGUCAUGGAGGAUUCGUGUCCAGAAGGCUCAAUUGACCUCAAGUGUAAAGAGCGGGUGACAGACAGUGACGAGGAUGAGCCGGACAGCCAGCAUCGCUUUCAGCCGGGCGCUCCAUCCUCCCUCUCAUCCUCCUCCUCUCCUCCAUCCACCGCUCGCUCUGACUCCAAGAGGAACGUGGAAGGUGAAGACGGGUCUGAGAGGCAGAGACGGAGCAGAGAAGACGCAGGAGAGAAGAACAAUGAAGGAGGACCUUUAAGGGAGGAAGUGAAAGGAGAUGGAGGGGCUGGGGGGCAGAGCAUCUCCUCUCUGGCAGGAUCCACGGCUCCUCCGGCCCAGAACUGUGUGACCAAGAUUCUUGGUGCCGUUCGCAUGGCUCCUACCAUUGUGACCAAUGUGGUCCAGCCCAUCACCAGCUCUCCGAUACCUAUCGCCAGCAAACCAGUGGAGGGCGCUGUGGCUCUCAACUCGCCUCAUGACAACAAACCAGCUAUCUUGAUUGGAGGAGGAGGCGCGGCACAUCUGCCAAUCACAUCAGGGGGUGGGUACCUGUCCUCCUCCUCCUCUCCCUGUGGUCCUGUAAACCCUCUUGUGGGCAACGGCCUGGUCACUAAUCUAGUUCUUGGAGGGUCCUUCCCCACCGGCCACCCAGUUCAGCUCCUUCCCCAGCAGCCACACGCACAAACCUUCCCAGUAGUCCAGCCCACGACCACAGCUUCCUCGCUCACGCUGUCUGCUGCGCCCAAGCCGCUAGCUCAAGUCCAGUACAUCCUCCCCACCGAAAGCCCCUCCUCCCCCCAACUGACCCACCAUCAAGUCCUGACUCUGCCCUCCAAUGCCCCACUGACCAACGGCGUGAGCUCAGGGGCUGCUGUCAGAGUGGCAUCAGUCAACCCCGGAACCAGAGUUCAAACUCAGUCACCGGUCUUACAGAGCAAGAUGCUGGUUCCCAUGGCAACAGCGAGAGCAGGGUCUACUCCUCCUCAUCCUUCUAUUUCCCUGGUGGCUCCGCCUCUUCCUGUACAGAACGGCCCAGUGACUGGAAACAAGGUGAUCCAGAUCGCUCCCAUGCCAGUGGUCCAGACGAACAUCCAGCCUGGAGGCAGUGCGUCAGUCCAACCUGGCAACCCUUUCCCCGUUUCCGUGGCCACAGUCAUGACCUCGGGCGUUGCUCCUCCUCAAACAGUUCUCUUGACCUCCCCACCCACCAGGAUCACGUACGUCCAGUCCAGUCCUGGAGCCACCAGCAACGCCAUUCCUCAAGCCACCGCCCCAACCUCCGUCUCGGCUUACGUACCCUCACCUCUGGCAACUUUGGGCUUCACCACCAUCGCCCCAGCUGCUCAAACUCUGGUCCAACCUUCUCUGCUGACCCCUGCUCCUCCUCUGGUCGGUCAGACUCAUACGACUCCAGUCCAAGCAGCAGCAGCAGCUCAUCAGGUGCUAACUGCCAUCUACCCAACGCCUGCGGUUCCUCUGGGGGCCAGCGUGGUCUCAGUCACCACUGUUCCUCCAGUGAUGCCCCAGGACGGCAGCAGCGCUCCAUGUCUCAUCGCUCCAGGCUCCGCUGUGGUGCAGCCGUGUGGUGAGGUGGGGGAGCAGCACAAGGUGGAGGUUAAAAAAGAGAAGGACGAGCCCGAUGCUGGGGCUGAAGAGGAAGGUCAGGGGGCGUACGGCGGCUGGGAAAACUCCUCAGUGGCCACCUGCUCAGAUGUGAAGAAAGAAGAAGAAGUGAGCAUAAAAGAGGAAGUGGAGAAAUUGGAACAAGACAGUGAAACCAGCAGCAAACAAGAGGAGAAUCAAGAGAGAGCGAGGAGAGACAGGAGCCAGGAGGUGAUGAGGGAGGACUUCAACAGGGGUGACGGCAGGAAAGAGCUGGCACUUUGUUCCACGCCUCCGUCCUCCUCGACUUCGGGCCAGCCUUCGCCUCCUUCGUCAGAAAAAGAUGCCGCCUCUUCUUCCUCCAGCAAGAAGACGAAGUUCCGCCCUCCGCCGCUCACGCCUGAAUCACACGACAAAGUUCUGUUGGAGAGCUACUUUAAGGAGCGUCUUGCCGAGCUGCCAGAGUUCAACCCUGAGGAGGUUCUCCCGUCACCCACGCUGCAGAGCCUGGCCACUUCACCCCGAGCCAUCCUGGGUAGCUACCGCAAGAAGAGGCGCAACUCCACAGAUCUGGAGCUCUCAGCAGAAGACCCCAGCUCCCCGCGGAGAAAGACUCGCCGUUUGUCCAGCUGCAGCCCCGAGCCCAACACCCCGAAAAGCGCCGCCAAGUGUGAGGGCGAAAUCUUCACCUUCGAUAGGCCUGCUGCUGAAGGAGAGGAGGUUCCUGCGGACCUGGACCGAGUCCCAUACUCGUCCCUGAGAAGGACUUUAGAUCAGCGUCGGGCACUGGUCAUGCAAUUGUUCCAGGAACAUGGCUUCUUCCCUUCGGCUCAAGCCACUGCAGCCUUCCAGGCCCGCUACCCCGACACCUUCCCGAACAAGGUGGUUCUCCAGCUGAAGAUCCGAGAGGUCCGUCAGAAGAUCAUGCAGACGGCUUCCCCUGGUGGCAUGGAGCCCGGCGGUUCCAUGGAGCCCUCCGCUGCGCACAGCUCCUCCGUCCACCAGAGUCGCGAGGACCGAGGCCCGGAGGUGCAGGACGACAAAACCAGGAGCUUUGAGGAGCCCAAGGAUGAAGGCUCUUAAGAAGAUGCUGGAUCCGAGAGCAGAGAGACGCGUGUGGAUCUGCUGGCACUAAUCUCCAGUUAGACUCUAGUGAGAGUAAACUCGAAGGUGAUUGGUCAGAGCAGAUGUUCGGAACGACAAACCUCAAAGCCGGACUUUUUUUCCCUAGAAUGUUUCAGUCUGCUCUGUUGCUGUUCAGUCCAACUCAGCGGUACACACUCUCUGUGUCUCUCUCUCUCUCACACACACACACACACUUGUGCUGUCCAGCUUGCACAUGCCCCAACACACACACACAUGCAUACACACACUCUCCAAUGAACCAAAACAGACUGUUACUCUUGGUGGGUGGCCCAAAGGGGAGUCCCCACCAGGGACCCGAAAACACGACGGCACUUUUGUCACUUAAUGUGUAGAUGCAUUUUGCUGACUCAAUCACCUCGUCCCUCCCCCCACUCCUCAGCACAGUGGGCAGGACAUCAGUACCCAACUGACCAUCACUGAUACUCCACGGCCCCUCGAUGCUGCACACACACACACACACGGCUCGACCAAGCCAAUGGCCUGCACAGUUUCAGUGAUUGUAUUGAGAAGCGCGACGUCGGGAGCGGAACAGUAUUUGUUCGGCCGCUGUCCACUUGGACCAUGGCGGCGUCCACACUGCCACCUGGAGCCCUCAAAGUCAUCCGCGUUGAAGUUUAAGAUUCAGAAUGAUUCUUGUUACCAUCCCAGGUCACAUGACCAACAAAGGCACUUUAGACAUUUGAUUGAGCGUUUUGAAAUGCAGCACGAACUUUUAGCACUUUAAGUUGAGAGAGACGGACGAAUGAUGCUGCAACGGUAUGUUGCGUUGGAGCUGUGGCGGGAAUUUAUCAAGAGGUCAACCAAAUCAAAGCUUUUUCUACAGUCUGCCAUUUUCAAAAUUCAACCAUAAAAACUCAGACAGAAGCCUCUUCACCCACGUCGGAUCUAAGUUAGUGUCUCAGCAGUCAUCACUGGCGGUUCACUUGUGUAGCUAAUUUCAAACAUCGCUGUGUCAUGUCGAGCUUUACUAUGGCGCCUAGCGUUGUGGUGCUAAAUAUUCAACUUCUGGAAACAGGAAGACAAUCUUCAUGCAUCAGUCAAAUUCUAAAAAUAAAAAAAAAAUUAAAAAACACCCGCAAUGAAUGUAAUGUAACCCGACUGAAGUAAUACCUAAUGAGCCAGCUUAGCAUUGGUACAGCAACUGGUUGAAAGACAAGUAUUUUGGAUCACAAAUAAGUGGAAAAAAGGAUUAUUCUGUAAAAACAGACCUGUAAAAACAGGUCUAUGUACAUGUUAUAUCAUAGCUGAGCAUCAUAGCUUAGCAUUGUUAAGCUAGCAUGCACCUUCAUGAGUAAACCGUUCAGGUAAAUAGCCCAUUUUUCUGUUCACUAAAUCUACUAAGCACUUUUCCGCUUUUUGGAUUAGUUUUACCUAGGAACGUGGGGUGCAAUUAUGACCACAGAUUAUAGUCCAAUCUGAAUGUGUCAGUAAACUUUGUCAGUAAAAUUUGAGUUUUGCUAGAAGUAUAUGAAAGUAGUGUGAAUAGACUGUCAGUAACACGUGCAGAUUUAACGCAUCGUGCAACCUGUGGUUUGAAGCCCAAAACAAAUCGGUCCAAAUUCUGCCUUUUUCUAAGUUGAAUUGUGGGUAGUUUCACUGUAUUAGCAUUACAUACUACGAUUACUGUCCAAAUCCGAAAGUCUGAAUGUUACCAACAUCCCUUGGUGUAGCAACUUUACCCCAUGUUCCUAGGCAAAACGGGUCUGAUGAAAAUAGUGCGUUAUUCUUGUUUUAAGCUGUAAAAAAACAGCUUCCAUACAGGAGCUGGUUAGCAUAAUUAGCUCUGUCAGCCUAUUAGUGCUAGCUAGAAAGUUGUUCAAAAGUUACUGCCGCAAGAGAUUUUUUUGGGAGGCGUCUACAUAUAGUUGGAUCCUCACCAAAAGGGGGUUUGUGUUCCCCACUGUGAGGGUCACAUGAGGGUUCUGAAGGCUCCUGGUGUUGAUCGCAACAAAAGCGUGGCAGUGUGGACGCGGCCCGCGUCUCAGAGAGCAGCGGCUACUUUUCAAGUUGAAGCCUGAAGUGACCAGGCGACGCAAAGAGAUUAUGUCCAGAGACUUUCGGUUGCGAGGCUUUGAAGAAUUGACUUGGAUGCCAAGGAGAGGGCGACACGACUGAAGGAAGACCUGUGCGACACAAACACACCCAACUUCUCAGACUCUCCCAGUGGAUGUUGCUUUUUGUUCUGGUCGCCGUGGAAUUCUCCAGUUUUUACUGUGGACUGUUUCUCUCUUGUGGCUCUAUCGUGUUUCUUCUCCAGCAAGUCACAACUUAAAAAAAAAAAAAAAAACAUGAAAAAAAAAAACUCUUUGGACAGAGACGGGGACACGUGUGUCCGACGCCCCCCGCCCCCUGCUUGUCGGCAGGGUGGGUCCUCCCUUGACCCCUCACCCCGACUGUUUCUCACCCGACACCUACGUGGGGAGCGUUUGUUGUUUUGUAAAGAAAAAAAAAAAUCAGGUGUUUGCACAAUUUGCGCGGCUGCUUCUCAUCUGAGAGCGCCCGAGUUAAAUCAGGAAAGUAUUGUUUUGUUUUAUGAGAUUGUUUUAUUAGAGAAUAAUAACCUUGUUCCAUUGGCUACCCAUCCUCCUCAGCCCCUCCAAGUGUUAGGAAGUGCCCUUAAGCUCUGGUCCCGGGUCAGGCGCUAUGUAGCUCAGGAUGGUUGUGGUCAGUUCAGGGAAAGCAGAUCCAGGACCAGCCCUGGAGGGCCACGUCUCUGCAGACCUCCCCCUCCUCCCUCCUCCUCCCUCCUCCUCUUCCUCCCCCUCCUCCUCUCUUGUCGACACUUUAUCCUUUCCCAUCAAAUGGUGCAAUAGGACUUUUUGUUUUUGGGGAAGGGGCGGACUACUUAGUUUCUUCAGGUGGAAGGCGCUGUGCCAUAGACAAGAAAUCAGGCGAAGAGCAAACUGUUUUAACCGACAGCAAUGACUCAUUGUUGUCCAAGUGAUUAGAGUGUAACGUACUAAAAGUCAAAGACAGUUUUACCAAUAGCACUUUUUCGGCUCUUUGCCUCCUCGGUGAAGAGCAGGGUAGUUAUGAUGAUGAUGAUGAUGAUGAUGGGUGUGUCAUUUAUUCCUCUGUAUACAAGUUGGAUGUGUGAUAAAGAAAUAUAAAUAUAUAUAUAACUGGUAUUUCCAUCUACGUGCAGUCAGGUGUGUGUGUGGGUCUUGGCACAUGCAGGUCGCAGGCUCACUCGCUUCAUCAUCAAUAGUCUAUUUUUCCGUGUAUUCUACGUCCUAUAUCGUGCUCUAGAGUAUUUUUAUAGUCACCGCGACUAUCGUCUGCCAUUUUGACUGUUAUCACACGCCGGAAAUUCAGGAUGACAACCAUAUAUCUUCAGGAAGUUCCGUAACAAACUCUCGCCGUUCUGCUACCGCGCAUGUGCCAUCACACCCAAGACUGCGCACACACACCCAUGCAGACACACACACACACACACACACACACACACUGUAUGAUUGUGCUUCACAAAUAAACUGUCCUUACUUUGGAGGUGAGAUUUUGGGCGAGCGACGUGAGUGUUGUCUCACUGGCAGGCAUGUUGACCAUGUGCAAUAUUUCUAAAGGAAAAUGACGAAAUAUUGAAAAUAUUAAAGAUCUAACACACAGAUGGCGGCCGUGCUUCUUUGGUCUUGACUCACAACAUGUUCGUGCACUCUGGAAACCAGUGAGAGCCGGAGGCGGCGGGUCACCACAGCCAAACAGUUGACCUCAUCUCUGAAAGUGUGUCCACACUUCCCUCCAUGAAUCAACCUAAAAAGGUCCUCGGACACAAGAAGACAGCCGAAAUAUAUCCUCCAU